ACUUAGAUCAAAGAACAUGAAUCACUCUUCGUUCAUUGGACUUCUAACGCAUACACCUGACCAACAAAUUUUGUGAUUUAAUCUUAAUCAAAAUUCUUAAAUUUAUUACGCAAAUUCACUGAACGAAUAAAGAGAUUAUACCACCAAAACGAUCCUUGCAUACAAACAAACGCACCUACGAAACCACGUCCAUGCGUUUAUUAUUUUCACAUUUGAGGAUCGUUUCGGAAACCAAGUGAAUGAACGAUAAACAUUAACUGUACCUCCCACAUAUUCACGUAUAUUAACUUAGGGCAAUAAAGGUAAGGCGAAAGGUCCAUCAUUCAAGCAUGCAUGACUUCUCUUGUUUUACCUACUAUAUAUACGUAUAUAUAAAUAAAAUCAAUUGAGAACCACUGACAUACAUUGCACAGGUAGCAAAGAAAUUACAAUGGCUAAAAUACAAAGCAUGCUGAAAGGCGUAUUACAUCUUGCUGUAAUGCUAGUAGUGUUUGGAUCAGCAGCCUAUGCAAAAUGCCAAAGUGGAAGCAUUGGAGCGUACAACUAUCCACAAGCACCCGAGUAUCCGGUGAAAGAGAUCAUCAUAUUUGAUCCUCCAUUCGACGAAAAGCCACAAAUGAUGUACGGCCUGAACUUUAUUGAUGUCAAUUAUGCAGAAAACUUCCGAGUUAACAGCUCUCUUGUGCAUAUCGACAAAUUUCAAGCCAUUCUUCAGAUGUCAACAUGGCAUGAUACAAAACUGUACGGGGUUGGUCUGAGUUGGAUGGCGUGCCCCUAAGUCAUUUGUGGAUAAAAAAAAAGAAACGCUGGAGAAAGCAUUAUCAGUUUUAAAGGAAUUCCGUUGCUUUAACCAAAACAGUUUACAUUACGGGUGAUGUUACUUUCUUUGUUUUCACAAAUUAGAUAUUCUUAUUGCAUAUGGUGUUUGUGUGUUAUGAUGGUAUAAAUUUAUAUACCAGCUGCGUGAAAGAUGUUCACUCAUUAUUCGUUAAAACCGUGAUGAAUUGAUUGUUGCUGAAUGUAUAAAUGCGA